AUGCCACUACAAAAAUACACAAAUGCGAUUAGACAGUUGGCAUAUGGUGGCCCAGCUGAUCACUACGAUGAGUACUUGCAGGUUUCUGAAACAACAUGGUACGAGUGCUUGCGCCACUUCUGUCGAGGUGUUAUUGAGGUUUUCGGUGCACACUACUUGAGGCGGCCAACCGUUGAUGACUGUCAGCGCUUGAUGGAAAUGCACGAGCAGAGGCAUGACUUUCCUGGAAUGCUCGGGAGUUUUGAUUGGUCCAACAAUGAUAUAAACGUGCUUAAUCAGUCUCCACUAUUCAACGACGUUCUACAAGGGCAAGCGCCUUCCAUCCCAUUCACCGUAAAUGGCACGCAAUAUGACCAUGGAUACUACCUAACAGACGAUAUAUAUCCUGAGUGGGCAACUUUUGUCAAGAGCUUCCAACAUCCUCAAGAUCCAAAAAGAAGGAAGUUCAAGAAAAUGCAAGAAGCUGCGAGGAAGGAUGUAGAACGCGCAUUUGGGGUUCUCCAACCUCCAUCGCCGCUGCUACCUUCGUCCCCUGCCCUUUCAACCCUAACACCGCCUCCCUCCUUCGAUUCUCUUUUCUCACUACCUGAAUUGCCCUUUCCCUCUCUCUCUACCCCACACGUUCUACUACCCCCUCACUCGCAGCUCCUCUUCCUCCACCACCGCUGCCCCACCGACCCUCUCCUCCAAUUCGCCUAA